AUGCAAGGAUUUGACAAGAGUGGACGCCCAACUGUAGUCACUUAUGCUUCUAAACAUUUUCCUAACAAAGAAAAGGGAGUUGUUGAGGAGUUCAAGCGUAAGUUCUCAGAUUUACCAUCGAGUCAAGACAACUACCAAGAGAGGCUUCAAAAAGUCUACUUAGUUCACGUCCCUUCUGUCUUUAUGGAUGGAUGGAAGUUAAUCUCCCCAUUUAUCGAUAGUAACACCGGGAAGAAGAUUGUAUUUGUGGAAAACAAAAACCUUAUGUCAACUCUUCUUGAAGACAUCGAUGUGAGCCAACUGCCAGAAGUUUAUGGAGGAAAACAACCCUUGGUUCCCAUUGAAGAAUGCUAA